AUGCCAAAUUCUGACCACUUCAUAUGUGCAGAGGAUUGGGAUGCUAAUGCUUUAUCGAUUCUGAUGUAUGUCAUUCAUGGUCGUCACCGAGGCGUCCCUAGAUCGGCGUCCCUGGAGUUGCUUACAAAAAUCGCCGUUCUGGUCGAUUACUACAAAUGCUAA